CGAARCCCUGUCUUCAUUUACGACAAAGUAUUAAGUUUCCUGUUUUGUGGAUUGCUUUCAAUCCGUCGACAAUUCAUUCAGAUUGCGCUUGCACGGGUAUUCCAAGUCCAUAAACAAUCCAUAAAUGAAACCUACGGUCAAAACAGCAGUUGCCACCAUGCAGCAAGUCGGAAGAAGGUUCUCUUCCGCUUGCUCGAGCAACAACAAUAACAUUGGUAUUUGUCGAGUUGGGUCCUUCUGCUCAGUUCCUUCCUCCCCUUCUCAACAACUAAAAAAGCAGCAGACGUCCAUGACAACAAGAACGAAGCUUGCUCGAUUAACGCAACAAGUAGUAGCGACCGCUGCUACACAAACGCGAUCGAAGAGCUCGAUGGCUAUGAAUUACGAUCAAUCUGGAAAUUUGGCAACGGCGACGACGGCGAAUGCUACCUUUGAUCAAUCCGUUAGAGAACCCUUCCCAUCAAUCGUGCUAGGCCCAGAAAAAUCUAUCGAACCAAAAGGCCCCUUUGCAGAGGCGCAAGCUCAGGUAAGCCAUAUUUCCAGUGUUUACGAAAAGACGUUGAAAUGCUGAAUAUAGGGUGCAAAUGACUUAUAGAGGACCUUUCGGUGAUGUUAUUUCACGAGGAGGCUUGUAUGGGAAAGGUCGGAGAUCUUUUGAACUAUCGAGACCAAUCAUUUGAUUUCAAUUAGAUUUUGUUUCUCACAUAGCAAGAUCCCUCUCCGUCUUGUCUCUAUUCUGAUCAUCACUCCACUCUUCCGUGCCGAAUCCUUUUAGUUUCUUGAUCCUGAUAUGGACAUGGUCGAGACUCUCAAAGAAGGGUUACUCAAGACUGAUAUGGGUAUUGUAGCUCACUAUUAUAUGGAUGUUGAAUUGCAAGGAAUUUUGCAGUCUCUGAAGAAUUCGCACCCUGAUUUGAAGCACAGAAUCGGAAUUGCCGAUUCUCUCAAAAUGGGAGACCAAGCAGUAGACAUGUGUCGUGACCACGGUGUAACGAGUGUCGUUUGCUUGGGUGUCGACUUCAUGUCAGAAUCGGUUCAAGCGAUUUUAGGCAAAAAUGGAUUUGCAGACAUCCCUGUCUACAGAGCAACAGCGAAACAUAUUGGGUGCUCGCUGGCAGAAUCAGCCGAAACUGAGCAAUACCGAGGUUGGUUACAAAAAGAAUCUAAGAAGGCUUUGGAUGAAGGUUGUGUUCCUUUGCAUGUCAUUUAUAUCAACACG